AUGCGCUACAAAAUUUUGCGUGUUUAUUCUUAUUUACCGUACAUUAUUAUUCUUUUUCUACUUAUAUUUGUGAAUGGAAUUUCAUCAGGAGCAAAUGAUUUACAUUUUAAUGAUGGUGCAUCGACUGCCGAUGUUAUUUCAGGAGAUGUGUUUUUUGAAAUUAUUGAUCCACCCGAGCUAAGAUACUCUUAUCGAAUAAGACCAGCUAAGGAUUUUGGUGGCACUUUUAAUGAAAGUUUUCGUUUUGAGAAAGCUCGUCUAGUCCCUACAUUACCAUUGCAUAGUUGUGCAGAUAUUGUUAACCAUGAAGAAGUUUUUGGGCACAUAGCGUUGUCUGAAAGAGGAGAGUGUUCUUUUGUUUACAAGACAGCUAAAGCUCAGCAGGCAGGUGCAAGGGCUAUAAUAAUUACCGAGUCUGUUGAUAAGUGGGAUGAUUCAUUAGAUCAUCUAAUAGAAAUGGUGGAUGAUAAAAUGGAUUUAGACGUGAACAUUCCAGCAGCUUUCCUUCUUGGUCGCAGCGGCGCAACAAUACUCAGAACCUUAAGAAAAUUACAUAGAAGUUAUGCUCUAAUUAAUUUACCAAUUAAUAUGACUCAUGUACCCAUAAGCAAAAUGAAUCAACCUCCAUGGAUCUCAUGGUGA